AUGAAUAAUAUUGAAGAAUCUGGCCAAGCCUCGCCUACAUUGAAAGGCAAAGUUGAGGCAGAAAGACAACAACAUAUUAUUGUAGAUAAAAAAAGAUUAAUCACAUUCACUCUCACAGACAUAUGUUCAUUAUUGGAGAAAGUUAUGGAACAACAAGGGGACGAAUCAGUAAUCACAUGUGGUGAUAUUGAUUGGAAUUUAAUAGCUUCUCAACUAGAUAAAGAUCCUUUUGAAAUUGAAUACUUCUGGAGAGUUUUUAACCCAGAUGUACAUUUUAAGCCUUCUCUAGGCUAUGCUAUAGUACCAGUAGAAUUAAAUCUUAAUCAAGAAACAUUAUUACUCUAUAGUAAUAUAGAUCAUCGAACUAACGCAAUGUACAACUAUAAAUUACAAAAUUCAAUCAAUUCCAAAAUGGACUCUUUUAGAAACGAAACCAUCCUAAAACCAAUUUUAGACUUUGCAAAUAUAAAAAUGCAAUUAUUAAAAUCUGCGGAUGAAGCUAAAAAAAAAAUUAAUAAUAAUUCAACAUGCACUCCCGCCGAUGGCGCCGGCGGCAAAUGUGGUAACUAG